AUGGCCUUGCAGGCCGAUCGUCCUCAUCUUCCCCCCUCUCCCUCUCUCCUGCUGUGGCCGCUCAUGGUGGCCGUGCCCAGUGCAGGUGGGUCUCGGCGGGUUUGGCCUAGAAUGCUUGUUGUUCCAAUGUUUGCCUUCUCUGUGUUCAUCUGUGGGAGGACGGCACCAAUUGGCAAUGACACUACUUAUCUCAAAGAUGAAAAAGUCUCCAUUGAUGAGAUCAAAUUAACACCUCUAGAGCUUUCUGAACUGAUAGCAUCCAUUAAGAAUGGAACUAUAAGUGCAAAGAUCAGCAAGGAGAUAUUGGCCAAGCUCAUUGCCAAAGGCGGAACAGUUAAGGUGCUUCGCACAUCCACGGCACUCAUCGCCUGCAACGUCACCGAGGCGUCUACCACAACAGCUUCAACGAUAGCAAAGGUUGCAGUCACCACCAGCGCCCAAUCCACCUCCAUCGUCAACACCAGCUACGUCGACCAUGCCAUGGCCGCGUUCCAGCCUUCUGUGGUGGUGCUCCAUGCUCACACUGCUGGCCGAGGCGCUACGCUGUCCGCGUGGGUUGCGACAAUAGCUCUUGCAAGUACGUCUUCGUCUGUUCCAACAAGUGGUCACAAGUUGUUCAGCGGACCGCUCAACAGGUAUAUCACCAUGCUUUUCCCUACUCCUUUGUUGGAUGUUCUGUUGUUGGAUUGCACUGCCACUAUGCAUGGGGAACAUCAGAGAUCUCAGAAGAUGGCUGAAUCGAGUACAGUGAUGUUGUGGCCACCUUUGAUUCAUCAACAUGGCAUAUUCACUUAUGGUUUGGGAAAUGAUGUGAAACUGAGGUCACCUUUGCUUCCACCUCGAUCAUUAUCUCUGCAGUUUGAGAUCCAGGGUACUGGAGUUCAACUCAGACCAACCCCUUGGCUAUCUUUUUAUAGUUAUGCAGCUCUAGUGCAAUGGAUAAAAUCUCUGGUUGCAGCUGAUGACAUACUGCCAAAGCAUCCUUGGGUGUCAUUUGCUACAGGCACCUUGUUCACAGUUGGUUACAACUGCAGUAACCCACGUAAUUCAUUACAGUAUGCAUGGCAACUACUACUUGAUGGGGGAAUAUAUACCACAGCUGCUGAUGUUGGUGCUGAUCUAGUUGGAAAAGUCGAAAGGAAUAUCCCUGAAGAUGAUCUGAGAAAACCAGCUGUCAUUGCAGACAAUGUUGGUGACAAUGUUGGAGAUAUUGCCGGAAUGGGGUAUGGUGCUGCUGUGGCUGCUCUGGGAAUGCUCAGCACUAUCGCUACUGUCAGUGACAAUGCUGGAGGAAUUGAUGAAAUGGCUGGCAUGAGCCACAAAAUUUGUGGGAGAACUGAUGCUCUUGAUGCUGCUGGAAACACUCCUGCUACAAUUGGGAAGGGUUUUGCAAUUGGUUCAGCAGCCUUGGUGUCUCUUGCCCUCUUUGGUGCUUUUGUCAGCCGUGUUGCGAUCUCGACUGUUGAUGUCCUGACACCUAAAGUUUUCAUUGGACUGAUUGUUGGUGCCAUGCUUCCAUACUGGUUCUCAGUGAUGACAAUGAAGAGUGUUGGCAGUGCAGCACUCAAGAUGGUUGAGGAACUUUACAGACAGUUGAACACUAUACCUGGGCUCAUGGAAGGUACUACCAAACCUGACUAUGCGACGUGCGUCAAGGUCUCUACUGAUGCAUCUGUCAAGGAGAUGAUUUCCCUUGGUGGCCAUGACUGA